AUGGAGGCGCAUGUGUCUAACCUAACGGCCUGCAACCUGGCCUACAAUGGGAAGCUGGAGGAGUUAAAGGAGAAGAUUCUGGCCGAUAGAUCCCUGGCGACUACAACUGACCAGGAUAGCAGAGCUCCUUUGCAUUGGGCGUGCUCAGCAGGACAUACAGAAAUAGUUGAAUUCUUACUGCAACUUGGAGUGCCAGUGAAUGAUAAAGAUGAUGCCGGCUGGUCUCCUCUUCAUAUUGCUGCUUCUGCUGGCCGUGAUGAGAUUGUAAAAGCCCUUCUGGGAAGAGGUGCUCAAGUGAAUGCUGUCAAUCACAAUGGCUGUACCCCCCUGCAUUAUGCAGCUUCCAAAAAUAGACAUGAGAUUGCUGUCAUGUUACUGGAUGGUGGGGCUAAUCCCGAUGCUAAGGACCAUCUUGAUGCUACAGCAUUGCACCGGGCAGCAGCCAAGGGUAACUUGAGGAUGAUUCAUAUUCUUCUGUACUACAAAGCAUCCACAAAUAUCCAAGACACUGAGGGUAACACUCCUCUACACUUAGCCUGUGAUGAGGAGAGAGUGGAGGAAGCAAAACUGCUGGUGUCCCAUGGAGCAAGUAUUUACAUUGAGAAUAAAGAAGAAAAGACACCCUUGCAUGUGGCCAAAGGUGGCCUGAGUGUAAUACUCAAGAGAAUGGUGGAAGGUUAA